AUGCGUUUUCCUCCUUAUUUUCCUUCCUGCGGCCCACCAGAAGCGGAAUGCGAUGGAUGCAGCAGCGAAAAUGACGAAGGUCGGAGUGUUGGGGAGUUAUUGCUGCCACAGUAUGCCCUUGCCACUGGCGGUUUGGCGCGGGACCACCGGCCUCUCAUCACCUUCCCAGACAACAAUAACUUCCACGUACUUACACCAAGUGAAUACCGCCGACUCCUUCUCUACCUCACCUCAGUGCCCUCACUACUGGAAGCGGAAAUGGGCUUCCACAUAAUAAUUGACCGGCGGAAAGAUAGAUGGAACUCUGUAAAAGCAACGUUAUUGAGAAUAUCCGAAUUCUUCCCUGGCGUAAUCCAUACGGUGUACGUCUUACGCCCGGCGAGCUUUCUUCAAAAGGCAUUAUCUGAAGUGAGCAGUAAAUUAUUUAAAGAAGAGUUCCGGUUUCGUGUGCUGGUCUGUUCUUGUGUGGAAGAGUUGUACGAACACUUCGACAGGUCACAGUUAACUCCAGAUUUGGGCGGUGAAUUACAGUACUCACAUUCAGAGUGGAUACAACAACGGAUAGCUUUAGAGAAGUUUUCGACUUUAAUGAAGGAGAUAUCCACGAAAUUGGACGAGUUUAUGCACGAAAUAUGUGAUUGCGACAUGGGAAACGAUCCCGCACAAACCAAAGACCUUUUAGACUGUCAAGAAUCUAGUUAUAAAGCUUUAAAAACCGAACUGGCGUCAGCGACAACGCAGGGCGAAGAAUUACUGACCCAAGUGCGAAAACCAAAUCUUACUUAUAAUAUUAUUAGUCACGUGGCUGCUGUUGAAAGGCUACUUGUUCAACUCGAAGAGACUGAAAAACAAUUCGACAACUUUUGGAAGAAACAUUCCAUGAAAUUAAACCAUUGGCUCAAGUUCCGCACAUUUUUAUUAAACUUUAAACAAAUGCAGGCGACUUUAGACACGCAUUUAAAGGCAGCAUGUGAUAUGACCGAAGUGGGCGAAACUGCGAACCGGGUCGAUGGCCUAAUACAUGAGGCUAACGAUUUUGAACAACUAUGCAAUGGAGAUCUAGAAGCUGCAUCAUCAGUAAUUGACGAAGGUGAAACAUUGAUGCAAGAUCCAUUGAGUUCAGUGGAUCAUAUCGAGUCAAAAUGUGAAGAAUUAAGGCGAACAAGUGCUUUACUGUUGGACAAAAUACAGAAACGAAAUCUGCUUUUGGCUAAAGCGAGAGAAGUUAUGGACCGAAUAGACAAGGCAAAUGAAUGGUGUACCACUGGAGUUGAAAUUUUGGCGGGCGAAGGCGGUUUAAUAGCUGUGGAUAAACUAAUAGAAGAUGCGAAGACAUUCGGACUGACGUCACCCGAAGAAUUCCGCGAGAUGCUUAUGCAAUCUGCAACACAGGAAACAAGGGCGCUAGUUACACAAGUAUCACAAAGAGUAGAAGAUGUGUGGUUAAUGGUGACUGUGAAGCGAGCGACACUUCAGCGAGCAGCGGCUAAGCCUGCUCGUCCCGUGCAGUCUGUACCGCCACAGAGUGCUGCCAUACAACCACUAGCCGAAAAGAUUGUCGAAGACAUGAUUGAGGAGUAUCACAAGGCGCAACAUAUUAGCAAAUUUUCACCGGAGAAACAUUUGAGCAAAUACCUUAAGAAAUACCAAAAUAAUACUACUAAUAAUACUAAGCAAAAUUCUAAAAAAUCUUUUAAUUUUCUAUUUUGGUAUUGCUCUGUGUUAGAAAUCUAA